GGGUGGGGGGAGGAAGAGGAAGCGGACGCCAAGAGAGCAGUCGCUCGGGCUAUUCUUUCCCGGCAGCGCGAUCUCUCUGCUUUUUUUUAAGUUUGCAGGCUUGCGCUAGGAGCUUUGGCUGCGUUAAAAGCUUGGCGGAAGGGAGGGGGGGGGUCCUUUGCUCCCCUUCCCACGCUGAGAUCUGUACGUUAUUUCCCUUUUCCUUCGUGGGUGCGGGUUGCAGAGGACCAAAACUAUGCCCCGGAAGAGUAUCUUGGAGGUGAAGGUGCUGGACGUGCAGAAGAGGCGAAUUCCCAACAAACACUAUGUUUAUAUCAUCAAAGUCAUUUGGUCCAAUGGCUCUACAGAGGUCAUUUAUCGCCGGUAUAGCAAAUUCUUUGACCUGCAGAUGCAAAUGUUGGACAAAUUUCCAAUGGAAGGAGGUCAGAAGGACCCUAAACAAAGGAUCAUCCCCUUUCUGCCAGGCAAGAUCCUAUUUCGUCGAAGUCACAUCCGUGAUGUUGCUAUCAAGCGCCUUAUUCCAAUUGAUGAGUAUUGCAAGGCUCUGAUCCAGCUACCCCCAUACAUCUCUCAGUGUGAUGAGGUUCUUCGGUUCUUUGAAACAAGACCAGAAGACUUAAAUCCCCCCAAAGAGGAACCCAUUGGAAAGAAGAGAUCUGGUGGAGAUUUGGCAUCAGCAGAUCCCAUGGUACUGGAACAGUAUGUGGUGGUGGCCAAUUACCAGAAGCAAGAGAGCUCUGAAAUCAGCUUGUGUGCAGGCCAAGUAGUGGAUAUAAUUGAGAAGAACGAAUCUGGCUGGUGGUUUGUGAGCACACUGGAUGAGCAAGGCUGGGUCCCAGCUACGUGCCUUGAAGCUCAGGAUGGAGUCCAAGAUGAGUUUUCAAUGCAGCCUGAAGAAGAGGAGAAAUAUAUAGUCAUUUACCCUUAUACUGCACGGGACCAAGAUGAGAUGAACCUGGAAAAAGGAACGGUGGUGGAAGUGAUCCAGAAAAACCUGGAGGGAUGGUGGAAGAUCAGGUAUCAGGGUCAAGAGGGUUGGGCCCCAGCAUCUUACCUGAAAAAAGGGAGUGGGGAUGUGUUUACACCAAAGCUGGGGUCUGCAGCUUCUGGCCAUUCAUAUGCACUGGACCUGGAUGGGAUUUCCCGGCAGCAGAAUUCAGCGGGCCGAGAGAAAGAUGGAUGCAACAACCAAAGAGAUGGAAGAUUUGAUGGUCGCCCAUUGCCAAAUGUGGAACUCAGGCGAAAGUCACCAAAGAUGAGGCAGAGACCGCCUCCUCGUCGAGAUCUCACAAUACCACGUGGCCUCCACCUGCCUAAACCUCCUGUGCCGCCACAAGUAGAAGAGGAAUAUUACACCAUUGCUGACUUCCAGACCACUAUCCCUGAUGGCAUCAGCUUUCAAGCAGGGCUGAAAGUAGAGGUGAUUGAGAAGAACCUGAGUGGUUGGUGGUACAUUCAGAUCGAGGAGAAAGAAGGUUGGGCACCAGCUACUUUUAUUGAUAAAUACAAGAAAACUAGUAAUGCAUCUAGGCCUAACUUCUUGGCACCGCUACCAAAUGAGAUCGCACAACUCCAUCUUGGCAACAGUGCAGCAGAGAGUAGCUUCAAUGGAGACGUCCCUGGACCAUCCAGGCCUCUGCCUGAUGCACCACCUAAUGGUGCAGACCUUGGAGGGAAGUGGAAAGGGAAGGAGGCCCCCAAGGUCGCCAUGUCUGAGAACAGCGACGCAUCUCUGUUUGUUGGGUACGAGGAGAUCUCCGAUCAGGAUGCAGAAGAGAAACCUAGCCUUCCGCCUCGGAAGGAAUCGAUUAUUAAAUCGGAAGAGGAGCUAAUGGAAAGGCAGCGGCUGGAACAAAGGCCACCUCCAAAGCCUCCUGGCACAAUUCUGCCAGUGGUUCCUCCUAAGCAAGCUGUGCCUCCGAGGGAUAACAGGAAGCCAGAACUCAAAACAGAGAAAGGGAAAUUGUUCCAAUUGAAAAAUGAAAUGGGAUUAGAGUGCGGCCACAAGGUCUCACCCAAAGAAGUAAAGAAGCCAAACCUCCGGCCCAUAGUCAAGCCGACCAAGCCAAAAAUUGAACCUGUGGAGGAUAAGCCUGAGCUGGUUUCCCAGAACCCCUUCUUGAAAUCAAAGCCUCAGAUCAGACCCAAGCCAGCAGCAGCCCCUAGAACAGACCCCCCAGGAACUCAGGCAGAUGAUAAACUAGACAUUUGCAAUCUGAGGAGCAAGCUCAGGCCUGCAAAGAUGCAAGAGAAGCCUUCUGAACAGGACUCUGUAGCAGGGGAGGGCACCUUGAGUAACAGUGUGCUGCCAGCAGAACUUUCUGUUAGAUCUCAGGAAAGACCAAACACAGAGAUUAGGCCUCCAUCCAGACCAGACAGCCAGAUCUUUAAGGAAACUCCUUUGCCCAAAGCUCCUGUUGCCUCUUCAAAAACAGGCGAGAGCGAGCCCAAGAGCAGCUUUCCAGUUCCCAGGGAGCCACCUCAGCGGCCUGUUGUACCACCUAGGAGGCCACCUCCACCCAAGAAAGCAUCUUCUGCAUCUCCAUAUGCCCCUUCUCCAGAGCACAAAGCCCCACAGAGGGAAGUGCCUGAGGUCAGAGCAGCCCCAGUGCCUGGCAGGCCAAUGCUGGUUCCACCAAAAGCCAAAGGAUUCCUGCCAGCUGUGGGCCAAGAUGAUGCCAAAGCAAAAAGUGGCUUAGGCCAAAAGGUGGUCCCCAAGCCAGUGGAGAGGGAGAUCAAGGAGAGAGCGUCUGUCCCCAUCACCAGUUCAGAUGUCUCCAAAGAAGCCCUCUAUGUGGCUGUGGCAGAUUUUGAUGGAGAUGAAGAAACCAGCAGCUUUAAGGAAGGAACAUUAUUUGAAGUUCGAGAGAAGAACAGCAGUGGCUGGUGGUUUUGUAAAGUCCUCACUGGAGGGUCAUGUUGGGAAGGCUGGAUUCCUUCCAAUUAUCUCAUUAAAAAGCCAUAAUUGUCCCUCUCUCAUCUUCAGCUUAUGCAGCUCAACAUUCCCUACUUAUUGCUAAAAUAUUUAAUUAGCUUAUUAAUUUAUAGGGUCUCCCCUGUAAGGCUGGCUUUUUAAAAAAAAGUAUCUGGGAUACCAUUCAUUCCAACAUGUUUCUUUUCUAAGUCUUGCCAGCAAGAGAAGCACGGUUCGAUGGAAUAUAGGUUGGCUUUUGGCAAACGGUUUCCUGUGCACCUUUUGAUACAUAAGCCUGUGUCCUCUCCCUGUAUGACCUAGGACAUCUUUUUCCUCACAAGACUGGCUGAUAAAAAUGUCCUUUUUUAUAUAUGAUGUCAAAAAAAAAAAUCAGAGACUGCAAAAUGUAUAUAUAAUUAAGUGCUCAAGGACAUGAUUUCAGGUCGUCUUGUGGAAAAUCUUUUUCUAGCUUCGUAAAGAAUUAGAGCCAAUCUUACUAGUGAAGGAAGGGAAGAGGGAACAGAAAAGGCCAUUGUUUGACUGGGUUUUCUUGUUAAAUGUCAAGUGCCGUGAGAUUCAGUUAACUGUUAGCGAGAACUAAGGGACUAAAGAAUAAAUAAUCAGUUCAAUUGUA